CUGCCGUGCUGUUCUCCCCGCCAGUUUUUGCAGAGAUUGCCACGCUUUUAUCUUGCAGUUUUCAUUGCACUCGCGGAUCUGCAGCAACGCUUGCAAGACUAUCUGCUCACCUAUUCGCUCGUCCGUUAACGCUUCCCAAAGACUGACACCUUUCGACUAUUGCUCCGAUUGUUUUUCUGCGCACUGCUUUGCUGUACGCAAUAGCUGUACUGUAUCCGUGUCGCCGAUCGUUACCUACAGCAAUCGGCGUUUAGACUAUUGGGUUUUCUGAUAGUCUUCGACAAAUCUUUCCUCUUCAUUUGGUGCGCCGUACUAUGGCCUUUGGUUUCCUGGAACUACAAGGCAGAAGAACAAUAUUUGCUUACUGGAAUAUCUACUCUCCGAGACCGUCUCUUCGAAUAGCCAUAAUAGACUGUCGUUGUCAUUGUUGAGAAAUCAUUACCAUCAAUCGUGCUUUUCAGCAGAGCCAUAUCGCACAAUUUUACGCAACUGUCUACCACCGACGAAACGCCUAAAAUGAAGUACCUGACAGAUAACGAGUCCUUAGAGAACAUCAAUAACCAAUUAUCGUGUAUAGACACGGGCGAUUGCCGGAUUUUUGGACGCAUUGAAGCAUAUUCCUGCAAAAAUACCGAUGAUGACCGACGCCUCAAAAAACACGUUGAUGAGAAAUACCCAGUUCAGGAAGGCGGUGUCGAGAUUGGCUCAUGGCAGUCACCCCGCUCAAUGAACAACAGCAGUCCCCUCAAUGACCGCAUAUCGCGUCGAACUUUCUUUUACCUUCUUGCAACUCUCAACGCCGCAUUUCCGGAUUACGAUUUCAGUGAUUUGAAUCCCGAAUCAUUCAGCAAGGUGCCUAUCAGCAUCGUAGCAAAUACCGUCAACACAACACUACUGGUUCAUCUGGGAAUCGACAGUGUCGCUCAUGCUGUUGGUGCCAAAAUAUGGGCAGCGAUUGAUGAGGUUAUUGAUCUCAAUGAGUGCGACAUGUACAGCUUCAAUCCCGACGGGGACGUGGAACCAGAUGCAGAGGAACAGGGAAACUUGUGGAGCUUUUACUAUUUUUUCAUGAAUCGAAAACUGAAACGAAUUGUGUUCUUUACAGCUCGCGCUGUGAGCUGUCUCGCACCUAUCCAACCCGAGGAGAAAAACGCGAUAUACAUGCUGGAUGACGCUGAUCAAAGCAUUGAGGAUCUCCGGUUCUAUAACGAUACGGAUGAGCGGGGACUGUCGUACGAGCAAUAUACGAUGGGUCAACUCGAUUUGUGAUCUGAACGGCCGUUCGACAUGCAUUAGAAAUUCUUGGUAUUGUUGUUGAGUCAAGCAUACUUUUGGACAUGCGAAUGUCCGGUGGCAUACACCACCGACUUUCGGACGCCACCAUCUGCCUUCAUUGUGUAAAUAUUUCCCUGUUUUUCGUCGAUGAAUAAACUUGUUGAAUGCAUCAGA